CUGCUUCCUAUUCAACACCGGGAAGAGCCAUGGCUAGUCCACAGCAAGGCAAUACUAAUUUUGAUCUUUCUGAUCCACCCGCUGUGGCCCAUAAACACCAUGGAGAGGAAGAAAUCCCUAUCUCCCGGCGCUUGAGAGACCGUGAGAUGCUCCGGAAAAGAAAGGAAAAAGCCCAGGAGAAGAACUCAGCUUACUGGAUUUAUAGCCCAACCAUCAUUCAUGUGAAAUCCCCUUGCAGGGAGCCAAAGAUCAAAAAGCAGAGGAAAAACAGAGGAGACAAGAAAGGAACGAGCUACCAGCCAGUGGUGGAACCCAAACCAGCAGCACAACUGAAGGUGGAAUCGGAGGUGGAACUGCAGGCAGGACAGUCAAAAGAAUCAGUGGAACAACACGUGGAAGAACUGGAAGUUUUCCAGCCCAAGCCUAAGGUGCAGGAGACGGCUGAGGCAGUGGCAUUCAAGCCAGCGCCACCUGAGCCAGUGCAACAGGAGCAGUCAUCUGUGCUGACUGCCCAGGGCCCGUGUGCUGGGAUACCAAUGGGAGGUGAUGAGGAGCUGCUGAAUCUGCCCGAAGCAGAGAUACCUGAUGAUCUGAAUGCUCCUCUGGAUAGCCUCUGCCAGGAUAAUGAACACAUUCCCUUUUUCUUUUAGUUUUCUGAUCAGGUGUUUUCCUGUUCAGGAUGUUUUGACUCCUGCCUAAAAAACUCCAACAGGUACUGCAGAGUGAUUUUGACCUGCUCUUUCCUUGUAACAAAGCCCAUACGCUCCUAGUCACUCUUUGCUCUUCUUUCAACUUAGAAUUAGGGCAAACAUACUCACUGCGCUCCUAGCUAGCUGGAGCUGCUUAGCUUGGGCUUUUUCCUGCACACAAUAAAACAGGCACAUGUUUCAUCA